AUGUUUAAACAGUUUAAGGGGGUAUGGAAGUCUUUAGAUAGUGGUAUUCCUGUCUCUGUGUCCCAACUGGACCAGUCCCCGUCAUCCCCGUCCGGGUCCAGGUCUCACUGGUUCCACACCCUGCAGGUCCAGCGGCUCCGAGUCCAGCGAGGACGCAGCAACAGCGACCCUCUGAGGGCGGCCAGUUGCCAGGACGUCUUCACCUGGAAACCGGGUCUGCAGUUCGGCGCUGCUCAGUCCUACCUGAGCCUGGAGAAGCUGGGAGAAGGAGCGUUCGCCUCUGUUUACAAAGGAAUCAGCAGGAUCAAUGGUCAGCUGGUGGCUCUGAAGGUGAUCAGGAUGAAGACAGAGGAGGGAGUUCCUUUUACUGCCAUCAGAGAAGCGUCUCUCCUCAAACGUCUGAAACACGCCAACAUCGUCCUGCUGCAUGACAUUGUUCACACCAGAGAGACGCUGACCUUCGUCUUUGAAUAUGUGCAGACUGACCUGUCCCAGUACCUGCAGCAGCAUCCUGGAGGUCUACACUCCCACAACGUCCGGAUCUUCAUGUUCCAGCUGCUCCGGGGUCUCUGCUACAUCCACAGCCGGAGGAUCCUCCACCGAGACCUGAAGCCCCACAACCUGCUGAUCAGCUACCUCGGAGAACUCAAGCUGGCCGACUUCGGUCUGGCCCGGUCCAAGUCCAUCCCCAGCCAGACGUUCUCUUCAGAGGUGGUGACUCUGUGGUACCGACCCCCCGACGUCCUGCUGGGCUCCACCGACUACUCCACGGCUCUGGACAUGUGGGGCGCUGGCUGCAUCUUCGUAGAGAUGCUGCAGGGGGCGCCGGCGUUCCCGGGAACGUCGGACGAGUUGGAGCAGCUGCAGAAGAUCUGGACAGUUCUGGGCGUUCCCUCUGAGGACAGCUGGCCUGGAGUCAGCCAGCUGCCCAACUACAGACCAGAAUGGUUCCUGCCCUCCGAGCCAAAACAGUUCAGGACCGUGUGGAAAAGGUUGAACCAGCUGCCCUACAAGACCGAGAAUCUGGUCCAGAGCCUCCUGAAGGUUCUUCCUGCCGACCGGAUCUCGGCUCAAGACUCCUUGCAGCACUCGUACUUCAGCACCCUGCCUCCUUCCAUCAUGCACCUCAGAGACACAACGUCCAUCUUCAAGGUUCCUGGUGUUCAUCUGGAGACGGAGGUCCGAGACAUUUUCAACCCUGGACGCCGGAUCAAACCGUCGCUGCUUCCUGCCACCAAAUGUUGGUGAGCAAACGGACCAAUCAGAGGGCAGAGAACAAACUGUCAUGCGUUACUCAUCAGAAGGUUUUCAAAGAGACUGGAGGAAGAAGAUUUGAUCAAACAGGAUCUGAAAUGUGUUUUGUUCUGUAAACGCCGGAGAAAUUAAGCAUUAAAUUCAAAUGUCUGUCAGCCAUUUUAUGAAACCUCUGAUCUGGUGACAAGAUGGUUGUGUUUAGCCUAGCUUAGUAGUUGGGGCAACAGUGAAUGUAGCUCAAAUGUUAGCUUUGCUAUAGCAGGUAAUACGGAGCUUUAGCAAUAACAGUAGCAUGCCAGCUGGUGAAUCUGCAGAAUGUAAGAUGGAUUGUUUUAGUAAGCAUAGCACAAGGCAGUUAACACUAACUGUUUACUUGCUAACGUAAGAUUAACAUGAUCCUAUAAGGUGUUAGCUUAGUAGAAAGGACAAAUGCUGAGAUAAUUCUACUACAAAGACAUCGAGAGACAUUCUACACAACAGCAAUGCUAACUUGCUAGCAUGACAAUUUUUUUAACUGCAUUUUUCUUAUGGUAGCUUUGUGCAUACUAGCACUUAGCUUUAACUUAAAAAUGGUAUUGCCCCUUCAGCUUCUAGCUCUACUGCCUCAGCAUACCCUAGCAUCAGCUAGCUAGUGAAAUGCUAAUUUAAAUGUGUUAUGACUUAACAAUGUUCAGUCAUAAGGUCAGAAGAUGAUUGUGUUUAGCCUAGCUUAGCACAAAUCCCAGAAGUUGGGGGAACAGUGAGUGUAGCUCAAAUGUUAGUUUUUCUAUAGCAGGUAAUAAGAAGCAUUAGCAAUAACAGUAGCUUGCUAAAUGGUGAAUCAGCAAAAUGUAAGAUGGGUUAUGUUAGCAGGCAUAGCACAUUGCAGCUAACAAUUACUGUCAACCUGCUAACACUUACUGUCAACCUACUAAUGAAAGAUUACUGCUAUCCCAUAAGGUGUUAGCUUAGUAGCACAGACAAAUGAUAACAUGCUAGCAUGACUAAUAUCUUUUAACUGCAAUUUCUCAUGAUAGCUUUUGUGCAUGCUAGCAGUUAGCUUUUAGCUCCAGUGCAUCAGCAUAUCCUAGCAUCAGCUAGCUGGUGAAAUGCUAAUUUAAAUGUUUUAUGACUUAAUGUUAGGUCAUAAGGUCAGACAAUGAUUGUGUUUAGCCUAGCUUAGCACAAAUGUAAGAAGUGCCAAAAAAAAUAAAAGUUUUCAUUGCAAAUUAAAAUUUUUUAGCAACAAAACUGAGCAAGAUGCUGUCAGUAAUUAGCUCUUCUACUAUGGGGAAUAAGUAACGCUAGCUGAGAAGCUCGCUCACAAGCUAGUUAAUCAGUUAAGUGUGAGGUGGAAAGUGUUAGCAAGCAUAGUAAAUGGUCUGUAUUUAUAUAGCGCUUUACUAUACCUGUAAGGUACCCAAAGCGCUUUACAUGAUACGUCACAUUCACUCAUUCACACACUGAUGGCGGAAGCUGCCAUGCAAGGCACUAACCACGACCCCAUCACAAGCAAUUAGGGGUUAGAUGUCUUGCUCAGGGACCCUCUGAUCUGUACUAAGCUAGCGACAUGAGCACGACGGGCCGAGGAUCAAACCGGCAACCCUUCGGUUGCAAGACGGCCACUCUACCCACUGAGCCAUGCCGCCCCAUAGCACAUAGCAGCUAACACUUAUGGUUAACUUGAUAACUAAGAUUACUGUCAUCCCAUAAGUUGUUAGCUUAUUAACACUGACAAAUGCUGACAUGCUACUACCAAAAGAAAUCCAGCGACAUACUACCACUAGAGAAAUGCUAAUGAUCCUAGUUGGUAGCUCAGUGCAAUCUAACAGUUUGCAUUAACUAAAGAUUAGUGUUGCCCCUGAAGUGCAUCGCUCCUACUACCUCUGUAUCAGCUAGCUAGAUAAAUGCUAAGCUAAAUGUUUCAUUAAUUAUAAGUAUUAGUAUGUUGUGUCGCAUCAGCCGUUCAGGAUGAAUGUUAGCAUUGCAGCAGAUUUUUUAUGUUUUGAAGAAAAUUUUCUGGUUUAAAUAAAGAUUGCUACAUCAGAUUAGCAUUUAGCAUGUUAGUGUGAGGUGUCAGAAUAAAGUCUUUUUGGAUCCUCUCAUGUGUAAAUGUUGUCUGAUGUGAUUUACAGCUCAUUUAAAUGUAAAACGUCCCGUCGGUGUUCUGUGCUGCUGUUAGCAUUCGUUAGCAUGUGUUAGCAUGUGUUAGCAGCAGCUUAAUGAAGAUUCUCUCUGAAGACAUCCUGAAACUCAGCAUCAAUAAUGGAUGAAGCUGAAUAAAGCUCCCACAGGAGGCGUGUUUGUGUCGCAUCAAGGCUCCACGUGGAAACUUUAUUAACACGCAAAUAAACAAAUGUCUCAAUAAACACGUCUGUCUGAUGAUGAUGA